AUGGCUUCUGGCAGUGAGGUGGAGAAGCUGCACUCCAGGAUCAGAGAACUGGAAGAGGAGCUGAGGAGAGUGAGGAGCACUCAGGACACACACAGGAGCAAGAUAGACAAGAUGAGUGCUGAGGUGGUGGACUCCAACCCAUACAGUCGGUUAAUGGCUUUGAAACGGAUGGGAAUUGUGGAAGAUUAUGAGAAAAUUCGCAGUUACACGGUGGCUGUGGUUGGUGUUGGUGGAGUUGGCAGUGUCACUGCAGAAAUGCUAACAAGAUGUGGCAUUGGUAAGCUGCUGCUGUUUGACUAUGAUAAGGUAGAGUUGGCAAACAUGAACAGACUCUUUUUCCAGCCACACCAGGCAGGUCUCAGCAAAGUGGAAGCCGCGGAGCACACACUGAGGAACAUUAACCCUGAUGUCCAAUUUGAAGUUCACAACUACAACAUAACAACCAUGGACAAUUUCCAGCAUUUUAUGGACAGGAUAAGCAAAGGUGGAUUAAAAGAAGGGGAACCAGUAGACCUCGUAUUGAGCUGUGUUGACAACUUUGAAGCGCGCAUGGCAAUUAACACUGCAUGCAAUGAACUGGAACAAAUCUGGAUGGAAUCUGGAGUCAGUGAAAAUGCGGUAUCCGGACACAUUCAGCUUGUUAAACCUGGAGAAACAGCCUGCUUUGCAUGUGCACCUCCUUUAGUAGUUGCAGCAAACAUUGAUGAAAAGACUUUGAAGCGUGCCGGUGUCUGUGCGGCCAGUCUGCCCACCACAAUGGGAGUUGUAGCUGGAAUACUUGUGCAGAAUGUUCUCAAAUAUCUCCUAAACUUUGGCACGGUGAGCUUCUACCUGGGAUACAAUGCAAUGCAGGAUUACUUCCCUACUAUGUCCAUGAAGCCUAACCCAUCCUGCAGUGACAGAUACUGUGUGCAACGGCAAGCAGAAUUCAAGUUAAAAGAAGCUGCACAGCCUAAACCUGAAGUUGUAGUCGAAGAAGAAAAACCUGUUGUACAUGAGGAAAACAAUUGGGGAAUUGAGCUAGUAUCUGAGGUUUCUGAAGAAGAGUUGAAGGAGGCUUCUGGACCUGUCCCUGUUCUACCAGAGGGAAUCACUGUAGCAUACACAAUUCCUGUUACGAAACCCACAUCAGGAGUUACUGUGGAGGACUCAGAGCAGAGUCUGGAGGAGCUCAUGGCUCAGAUGAAGAACAUGUAA